AUGCCAGGCAACCAGGUAUUAACUAUUAAGAAGCGGAAGAAAAGCCAAAUAGCUGUGAGAAAGCUAGUUAACAAAUAUGGCAUUGCACCUCUGGUAUUUACAUCUAUUGAUGCAGCAAGACGUCGAUUUCCCGACCUCUUUCCAGAAGAGCAGGCAUCACCAAGGCCAGGAGAAUGGCAGGAGACAGCAACGGAACAUCCGCCAAGAGAGAGCGAACCACUUGAUGUCGAUGCACCUGAAGAGGCUGUCGCUGAGGAGGACCCUUGGAUACGGGAACCGAAGCCGGGUCAUGAUUUGCCCGACGAGCCUGGGGUCGCAGCGAAAGACGACGAACCAACAAAUGAUCCAGAACCCGAAGUAACGGAGGGGUACUACGUGGACGUACGAGACGCAGAGAAGCCUUGCGAUGAGGACUUCCCACAACUUCAUCAUAGUGAUGAUGGCGAUGAUUCGGUCUGCGACAAGUCGCUGGAGGACGCCGCCAAGUCUACAAACCUGGAGGAGGAACCUUUUAUAAUAGAGGCAGAUCCAGCAGAAGAGACAAAAUCUGCAGAAGUUGUUUUGCCGUUCUGGGUUAUGCGCUUGAGCGAAGCAUUCUCGAGCGGCCAUUGCUCAAAGCUAGCGAGAACCGCCCCGACUUCGGUCUCAUCGAGCGUCGCCUGGGAUGACGCUUGA